GCGGGGUCGCCAAGAGAGUAAGGGACACGGUAGUUGGCGGGGAAAACGCGGAGGAAGGGGCUGGGUGCUGCUUUGGUUUGCCCCUUAGCGCCUGGCCACCGUGGGCACACCAGCGGCGGCGCAGAGAGGGGCUGCUGCGCGACGUCGGUGGGAGCUGGAGACAGUGUCCCGGGUGCGCAGCCGUGCCAGGCAGCCAAGGAGGUGGGAAUUGGUACCACUGAGCGGCCCGGCGGAGUCCCACUAGGGCUGAUGCGCGAGGCAGCCUAGCAGCUGGCACCGAGGUCCACAUGGGACGGGAAAAUGGGUCCCCUGAGGCAUGUGUGACGUGUGAGUCCAGCACGCCAGCCUGACGCCCAGCUGGGAAGGGAGCCUACCAUGGAUGGCAUUGUUGAACCGAAGAGCGUACUGGUACACAGUAAGAUCAGUGAUGCUGGCAAGAGGAAUGGUUUAAUUAACACCAGAAACUUCAUGGCUGAGAGCAGAGAUGGCCUGGUGUCUGUUUACCCAGCUCCCCAGUACCAGAGCCACCGGCUGGUGGCCAGCGCGGCACCAGGCAGCCUGGACAGUGGCAGGAGUGAGCCAGUGCAGCAGUUGCUGGACCCCAACACCCUGCAGCAGUCGGUGGAGUCCCAUUAUCGCCCUAACAUUAUCCUGUACUCCGAGGGUGUGCUGCGCUCCUGGGGAGAUGGUGUGGCCGCCGACUGCUGUGAGACCACUUUCAUUGAAGACAGGUCACCCACCAAAGAUAGCCUGGAGUACCCUGAUGGGAAGUUCAUCGAUCUUUCUGCAGAUGACAUCAAAAUCCACACCUUGUCCUAUGAUGUGGAGGAGGAGGAGGAGUUACAAGAGCUAGAGAGUGACUACUCCAGUGAUACAGAGAGUGAGGACAACUUCCUCAUGAUGCCCCCUCGGGACCACCUGGGGCUCAGCGUCUUCUCCAUGCUCUGCUGCUUCUGGCCCUUGGGCAUCGCGGCCUUCUACUUGUCCCAUGAGACGAACAAAGCCGUGGCCAAGGGGGACUUCCAUCAGGCCAGCACCAGCUCCCGGAGGGCCCUGUUCCUGGCCGUGCUGUCCAUCACCAUUGGAACUGGCAUCUACGUGGGUGUGGCUGUCGCCCUCAUCGCCUACCUCUCCAAGAACAACCACCUAUGAGCUUCCCCGCGGGCCAGCACGAAGGGGAGGAACCGGGCCAGGUGUGCGAGGGCAGAGAGAGAGAGAGACACACCUGGGCCACGCUGUACAGUGCCAGUGAUUGCCAAGCGACUCCACGACGCCCUGGAAUCUUCUACUCCUGGACUCCUUUUGUUUUUAUCCUCCACUUCAUCUUCAGCACCGUGCAGAGCACCAGGCAGGGGGAAGCUGCUGAUUCUUCCACGUGGAAGUGCCCAGGAUUGUGGCCCAGAGGCUGUCCCGGACGGGUUCUGAUGAACCGAGAACAUCCCAGCUCUGCAGCCUGCCAGUGCCUGGACCACCAUCCCAUUAGCAAUAUAUAAACAGUUAUUUAAAAAACAUGUUUAUUUUUUAUGGAAUAUGGUGCAGCAGGCAGAGGACAGGGGACACGACGCUGCUGUCUGUGGCCUGCGUGACACCUCUGCAUCCCUCGUCUACGUGGCUUCCCUGCCAGAAGCUCGUGAGGAAGAAGGAAGAGGAGUACCUUCCAGGAGGCCUCCUCUGCUGAGGGGCCCUGGCUGAAAUGCAAACCAGAGGAACACAGUCCCCGCCUGGACCCUACCCACUCCCAGCACGCUGCCCCAGCUCAGAACACCAGACCUGCUGCGGAUGGUGUCCCCUCGGCAGCUUCCCCAGCCAUAGUGAUCCUGGGACCUCAUUGGUCUACAUGGGGACUGCAGCCCCCGCUCAGAACGAGCUCAGUGUUUGCCCCAGGAGCCCGAGGGGAAGGAGCUUCGAGGACACACGGGGAGUGUCACUCUCAGAUGCCAGUGAUCUGAGAAACGAGACGGGCCUACUCUGUCGACUAAAUGAAUGGCUAUUUUCUUGUCAUUUUUUUAAGUGCAACUCUUGCUUCAUGCUGCUUCAGUUGCAAGAUGAAUGCUGAGAAAUAAGUAAUCACAGACGUUUUAAUACCAUGUCAUCGCUGUUUUACGAGUGUUCAUUAUUUAACAAAAAUUAUCUUUUA